AUGGCUUUGGUGAGCUUACUUGAUAUCUCAAUUGCUUUCUUUUGUUUCCUUCUCUUUACAAUUUUCUUGAUUAGCAAGAAACCACACCCCUCCUUUCUCACAAACUGGCCGUUACUUGGUAUGCUUCCCGGUUUGGUCCUAGUGAUCCCUCGUGUUUACGACUAUUUAACCGAGAUUCUUGAGCACGGGAACUUAAACUAUUUUUUCAAAGGCCCCUUCUUGGGGGGUCUCGACAUGUUGGUCACGGUUGAUCCUGCUAAUAUCCACCACAUCAUGAGCUCAAACUUCUCUAACUACCCUAAAGGUACCGAGUUCAAGAAGCUAUUCGACGUCUUGGGAGAUGGGAUUUUCAACGUAGAUUCAGAGUUGUGGAAGGAUCUGAGGAAAUCAGCUCAAAGCAUGAUGAUGAAUCCAGAGUUUCAAAGGUUUUCAAUAGCCACAAGCUUGAGAAAGCUAGAGAAAGGGCUUGUCCCACUUCUUGACCAUGUUGCUAAAGAGAAACUCGUUGUGGACUUGCAAGAUGUUUUUCAAAGAUUCACGUUCGACACUACUUUUGUUUUAGCAACCGGGUAUGAUCCAUGUUGUCUCUCCGUUGAGAUGCCAGAAAUCGAGUUUGCAAGAGCUUUAGACGAUGCAGAGGAAGCUAUUUUCUAUAGACAUGUCAAGCCGGAGAUGGUGUGGAAGAUGCAAAGAUUGAUUGGGGUUGGAGAUGAGUUGAAGCUGAAAAGAGCUCACAGCAUUCUAGAUCGUGCUUGCUUUAAAUGCAUAUCUUCCAAAAGAGAUGAGAUAAGCUGUGGGAUUAUUAAUAAUAAUAAUAAUAAUAAUAUUGACUCUUAUGCUCCUAAAGAUUUGCUGACGUCAUACUUGAACGUGGACACGACCAAGUACAAGUUGUUAAAUCCUAACGAUGACACGUUCCUUAGGGACACGAUCUUGAGCUUCAUGUUAGCUGGUAGAGACACAACAGGCUCAGCACUCACUUGGUUCUUUUGGCUUCUAUGUAAGAACCAAGAAGCCAUAACCAAGAUUCUUCAAGAAAUCAACAAAAAUAUAUCUCCAAUAACCAAGACAGAUGAUUAUGAUUCAUUCAAUCCUCAGGAGCUGAAGAAGUUAGUAUAUUUACAUGGUGCAAUUUGUGAAGCCCUAAGACUCUAUCCACCUGUUCCCUUCCAACACAAGUCUCCAACUAAAACCGAUGUUCUUCCAAGCGGACACAAAGUCGAUGCCGGCUCAAAGAUUUUGUUCUGUCUCUAUUCAUUAGGGAGAAUGAAGUCGGUUUGGGGAGAAGAUGCAUUCGAGUUUAAACCGGAGAGAUGGAUUACUGAGAAUGAAACGUCACUACAUGAACCAUCUUAUAAGUUCUUAUCAUUUAACGCAGGUCCAAGAACUUGUCUAGGGAAAGAUGUGGCCAUGAUGCAAAUGAAGACAGUAGCUGUGAAAAUCAUACAGAACUAUGAUAUUAAAGUCGUUGAAGGGCACAAGGUUGAGCCAGCUCCUUCUGUUAUUCUCCACAUGAAGUAUGGUCUUAAAGUCACGGUUUCUAAGAGAUGUUUGGGUUGAAUGUUUCUAGAAAUAUGGACAGUUGACGUAGAUUUCCUUAUCCUCUCAUGGAAUGUGGAAAUUUCAGGUCAGCUUGAAAGUUAUGUAAUAAAAU